GCACGCGUUUCCCCUUGCGGUCCCGUCUUUUUUUUUUUUUCCGAUCCCCAUCAAUGGACCAUCUCGGUGUUUAACGCUUUCGCUGAUAACCCCGUCGCUUAUAUACACAUCAUAUUAAUAGAGGCGCGAUCGAGUAAAGUGCCGGCAUAAAAUUGUAUAACGAGUUGAGGAUUGAGCGAGAAAAUCGGUAUCGUCAAGAUGGUGCGAGGAUUGUCGCAGUGGACGAAGACGCUGAGUUUUCCGUCCCGGAUGUCGCCCCAGCGGCAAGCCAAGGAGGCCAAGGGCUUCCACGUGAGUCCGAGCGCGAGCCCGACCUCGGUGGUGCUCACCCCGAGCCCCGUCAGUAGCGACAAUUUGCUCCUCGACAAGUCACCCAUCAUCGCCGACCAUGAGGCCUUCCAAGAUCUGGAGGCAGAGAAGGCCAUCAUGAGCUCGAUAGUCUACUGCAUCCACCACAAGGACGGCUGCAAGUGGUCGGACGAGCUGAGAAAACUUAAGGCUCACUUGAACACGUGCAAACACGACGCGAUACCGUGCACCAACAAGUGCGGGGCCAUGAUACCCCGGGUACUCAUGGAGGACCAUCUCAAGUACACGUGCGCCCAGAGGCGGGCCAGAUGCGAGUUUUGCGCCAAAGAAUUCACCGGUUACACGCUCGAGAAGCACAUCGGCACGUGCGGCUACGAGCCCCUCUACUGCGAAAACAAAUGCGGCAUGAAGGUGCAACGCCGCCACCUGAGCCAACACAAGGCGGGCGAGUGCGCGAAACGCCUGAUGGCCUGUCGCUACUGCAACAAAGAGUUUGUCUUCGACACGCUCUCGGCCCAUCACGCCAAGUGCGGCAGGUUCCCGGUCGCCUGCCCCCACCGCUGCGAAACGGCCGUUCUACCGAGGGAGGAUCUCGAGGUCCACCUCAAAGACCACUGCACCACCCACUUGCUCUCCUGCUCGUUCAAAGAGGCCGGCUGCCGGUUCAAGGGCAACAGAUUUUCCCUCGACAAGCACACAGAGGAGUCGACCAAGGCCCACCUGAGUCUGAUGUGCAACGUCGUCUCGAAGCAGCAGCACCAAAUCAGCAGCCUGAAGGCGGCGAUCGGCAAGAUGUCGCUCAACUACUCGGGCACCCUCAUCUGGAAGAUCGGCGACUUUGCCGCCAAAAUGGCCGAGGCCAAGUCCAAGGAGGGCGUCGAGCUCGUCAGUCCCACCUUCUACACUAGUCAGUACGGGUACAAGCUACAGGCGUCGCUCUUCCUGAACGGCAACGGGACCGGCGAGGGCACCCACAUCUCCGUCUACAUAAAGAUCCUGCCGGGUGAGUACGACGCCCUGCUACGCUGGCCGUUCUCCCACAGCGUCUCCUUCACGCUGCUCGACCAGGCCCUCGUGGCAGACAAGGCCUGCAACAUCGUCGAGAGUUUCAUCCCGGAUCCAACCUGGAAGAACUUCCAGAGGCCCAGUCGCGAGCCCGACUCCCUGGGCUUUGGCUUUCCUCGCUUCGUGUCCCACGAGAUGAUCAAGAAGCGACACUUUGUCAAGGACGACACGAUGUUCAUCAGGGUCAAGAUUGACCCCAGUAAGAUCGUCGCAGUUUGAGGACAUUACCGCGCGAAUGGGGGGUUCUAUUGGAUAUUGGGCGAACCAGCGAUUGCGCGCGUUUCGGAUCGAGAAAUGCUCUUGUUCGACAAUACUUGGUUCGUCUUUGGGAUAUACCGUGCAGAAUUCGAGAGAAGACGCAUUGUUUUUUUUUUUUUUUAUCUUACCUCUGCCAGCACCAAGUUUCAGUGAUAAUUGUAUAUACCCAACGUUUCACGCAAGUUUGAGUAAAGUUUUUUUUUUUUACCCCGUGCACAGUUGUUGCAGUACCACGUAGUGUUUGUCAAUGGAUUUUAGCACGAGUACGACGCAUUUAUUGUUUUGCAAAAUCACACGAGUUUUUUUUUUUUUUUUUUUUAUGUAAUUGUAUACUUUUAUAGAGCGUUUCUUUCAAAGAAGUCAUAGGGAGCUCGGGAUUUUUCAUACACCGUGAUGUAUAUAUACAUGUGUAAAUUGUAAA